AUGGCUUCCGGCCCGCGGGCCGCAACGCGGCUGGACCGAAGGCCCGGAGAGGAGAUCGGAGAGCGCUGGGGCGCGCGCCUCGCUCGCCUCGGGCUGCUGCUGGUGCACUGCCUGCUGCGGCCGUUCCUCGCUUCCGAGGCCGCCCCGCACCUCGCCGCGGACUCGCGGUCAAUGCGCCCGCUGCCCGCGUCUUCGACCUCCUCCUCCCCCUCCCCCUCACCAGUGUCGCCCCACAAGGCGCUGGCCGCCGCCGUGCUGCAGCGCCUCUCCAUGGACCUGCCCGCCGCCUCGGGCAGCAGCGACAGCCCCACCAACAGCAGCAGCGAGCCGUCCCCGCAGGCGGCGUACGCCAAGCCCAAGUCGCUGCUGCAGCUCGAGACCAAGCGCGCGCCGUCGCCGCCGCCGUCCCCCAAGUCGAGGAUGGUCCUCCAGCAGCAGCAGCCGCCGCAGGCCCCCGAAGAACAGGAACCACAGCAGCAACAGCAACAGACAGAAGAAGACACCGCUAGCAGCGACGCCGCUGAACAGGAGCGCGACGAGCUGGACGAGCUCCAGCAGACGCUGCUGCGCAAGUCCACGGGUUCCGUCGCCAUCAUGACGCGGCAGCAGGAGGCGCUGGACCACCGGAGACACACGUUCAGCGCCAUGACGGCCGACGGCCGCGCCAACAUGCGGCGGCGCAGCUACGACCUGACGGCGCAGUUCGGCAGCACGUUCCCGCCCAGCUCGCCGCCGCAGCAGUCGCUGCCGCACUCGUUCAAGGCGCACCACCACCUGCAGCACCUGCGCGUGUACGGCAAGAGCUCGGGCCCGGCCAAGCUCAUCAGCGAGUGCCACGAGGAGGGCGCACCCCUCGUGGCCUUCGUGACGCCCAACCCGGACACGGUCUGGACGCGCGGCAAGCCCGUGCAGGUCGAGUGGAAGGUGCUGGACGCCGGCGUGCACAAGCUCUGCAUCGAGCUGCUGGAGGACGGCCUGAGCGCCACGACGCUCAUCGCCAGGGAGGCCCCCAACACGGGCUUCUUCACGUACCACAAGGUGCCGUGGGGCAUGGAGUCGGGCUCCAAGUACUUCCUGCGCGUGUCGGCGGCCGACGCGCCCGAGCGCUACCGCACGAGCAGUUUCUUCCAGAUCAGCUCGGCCCCUUGACGCGCCGCAGCCCCCUCCCCUAUAAAGAAGUUGGCGUGGAGUCGAACGAAGAGUAGCACGAAAGUUAGGAGACAAAGUAGUAUGUGAAAGUCUUUAUUUAAUGUUUAAUUGGCCGAAGUCCAUCGC